UAGCCAAUUCAACUCCUAGUCCUAGGUCCUCGAGUGCCUAGCAAAAGAGAAAAGAGCCGCUUUGCUUUUUCUGGCACCUUCCUUCCGGAGCCUGAAGCGGAUUUUGCCAACCCAGGAGUCCCAGAGGGACCCAGCUGCAGAAGGAAGCAGGCCAGGAUGCUCUGGGGGAAGCUUUGCCACUUGGGGAAGGAGCUCAGAAUCUGCCUGGCGCGGGCAGGCCAGCAAAACCAGGCUUGCGGCGCCGGAGGGAGCUCCCAGACCAGCAAGAGUUAAAGGGAGGGGACGUGGGCUGUCACGCGUCAUUGGGCAGAUUAUGUGCAGCAAACAAAAAGUGUGUGUCUGCGUGCCAGUCAGUCAUUGCAUCGGGUCCAUCUGUACAACUCUCUCUCUCUCUCUCUCUCUCUCUCUCUCUCUCUCUCUCUCUCUCUCUCUCUCUCUCUCUCCUAAUCUAGCUGCAUCUCUCUUCUCUCUUUGGACAGAACCUACAAGACUGACACCGACACCUCUUGACAUGGAAAUACACUAAUGUAAUAGGCAGAAAGGAACACUGGGUUGCACCCCGUCGGUUCCAGGUGGCCUUAUUUGGGCGACUCGGUCCUGACCUUAUUUCUGUGAUGGAGGAUUCAGGCAUCCAGAGAGGCAUCUGGGAAGGAGAUGCCAAGGCUGUCCAACAAUGUCUGACAGACAUUUUUACCAGUGUGUAUACAACCUGUGAUAUCCCAGAGAAUGCCAUAUUCGGUCCCUGUGUUCUGAGCCAUACCUCCCUGUAUGACAGCAUAGCCUUCGUAGCCCUCAAGUCCACGGACAAGAGAACGGUACCUUACAUCUUCCGGGUAGACACUUCGGCGGCAAACGGUUCCUCUGAAGGUCUCAUGUGGCUGCGGCUGGUCCAAUCAGCCCGAGAUAAGGAAGAGCAGAAUCUCGAAGCUUAUAUAAAAAACGGACAGCUGUUCUACCGCUCUCUCCGCAGGAUUGCCAAAGAUGAAGAGUUGUUAGUUUGGUAUGGGAAAGAACUGACUGAGUUGCUCUUGCUCUGCCCGUCUAGAUCUCACAAAAUGAACGCAGGGUCAUCUCCUUACACAUGCCUGGAAUGCAGCCAACGUUUCCAGUUUGAGUUCCCCUACGUGGCACAUCUGCGAUUCCGCUGCCCCAAGAGACUUCACAGCACUGAUGCCAAUCCCCAAAGCGAGCAAGGGGGCGGCGUGGGCACCAAGGACCAAGGCGGCGGUGGUGGUAAAGAGCAGCAGCAGCAGCAACAGCAGCAGCAACAGCAGCAACAGGAGACGCCAUUGAUCCCGGGCCCCAAGUUCUGCAAAGCCGGCCCCAUACACCACUACCCCGCGUCGUCCCCGGAGGCGAGCAACCCGCCGGGUGCCGCGGGUGCCGGUAGCGCCAAGCCGUCCACGGACUUCCACAACCUGGCUCGGGAACUUGAAAACGCCCGGGGAGGCAGCAGCUGCUCGGCGGCCCCGGGCGUCGGCGGUGGCGGCAGCGGCCACCAGGAGGCGGAGCUGAGUCCCGAUGGCGUCGCUGCGGGCGGCUGCAAGGGCAAGAGGCGGUUCCUGGAGGAGGUGGCGGCGGAGGGCGGCGGCGCGGGGCUGGCGGGCGGCCGUGCGCGCUUCUCCGAGCGGCCGCUGGCGACCUCCAAGGAGGAGCUGGUGUGCACGCCGCAGCAGUACCGCACCGCGGGCAGCUACUUCGGCCUGGAGGAGAACGGCCGGCUCUUCGGGCCACCCAGCCCCGAGACCGGCGAGGCAAAGCGCAGCGCCUUCGUGGAGGUGAAGAAGGCGGCCCGCACUGCGGGCUUGCAGGAGGAGGCGACGGCGACAGACGGCGCAGGGGGCACGGCCGAGGACCCGGACGUGGGAAGCGGUGUCGCCAGUGGCGGCAACGGCUCGUCCACUCCCGUGGCAGGGUCGCCCGGGACUGCCGAGAAACUGCUGGCCCCGCGUCCUGGAGGCGCGCUGCCCGGCCGGCUGGAGGGCGGGAGCCCGGCGCGCGGCAGCGCAUUCACCUCGGUGUCGCAGCUGGGCGGCGGUGGCGGCGCGGGGACCGCGGGGACCGCGGGGAGUUCCGGGGGCGGCCAAGCGGCCGCGUCGGACGAGCGUAAGAGCGCCUUCUCGCAGCCCGCGCGCUCUUUCUCGCAGCUGUCCCCGCUGGUCCUGGGCCAGAAGCUGGGCGCGCUGGAACCCUGUCACCCGGGAGACGGCGUGGGUCCCACCAGACUCUACCAGGCCGCCGCUGAUCCGCUGGCUGUGAAGCUGCAGGGGGCCGCGGACCUGAACGGAGCCUGCGGGCCCCUGGCGAGCGGCGGCGGCGGCGGCUUGCCCAAGCAGAGCCCCUUCCUCUACGCCACCGCCUUCUGGCCCAAGAGUUCGGCUGCCGCUGCAGCCGCGGCGGCAGCGGCCGCGGGGCCCCUGCAGCUGCAACUGCCCUCGGCGCUCACCCUGCUGCCGCCCUCCUUCACCUCGCUGUGUCUGCCCGCGCAGAACUGGUGCGCCAAGUGCAACGCCUCCUUCCGCAUGACCUCCGACCUAGUGUACCACAUGCGGUCUCACCACAAAAAGGAGUAUGCCAUGGAGCCCCUGGUGAAGCGGCGGCGGGAGGAGAAACUCAAGUGCCCCAUUUGCAACGAGUCCUUCAGGGAGCGUCACCACCUGUCCAGGCACAUGACCUCGCAUAAUUGAUGCGUAAAAGACUCCGGCUUUCCACGCGUGUGCACGCACAGUCAAGCCACCUGCAGGAGCAGACACGCGAGGACAUCCACCACUACCUUAUGCCCCCAAACACUGCAACCAAACAUGUGCACACACAGGUCCCUCCCCUCGCCAGGAGCCUCAUCAUCCAAAUGUUUAAUUUUACACACACACACACACACACACACACACACACACACACACGGACGCACGCUUGCACGCGCGCGCACACACAGACAGGAUGGUGGAUUUUGGAUUGGGUGGGUUGUUUGAGGGGGUUUUCUUUUGAAUGCACGAAUUUUCACUUUCCCAAAAACAAAGGUACAUUUUAAAAAAUGUCAUAUAUUGCAACAUAUUGAUGCAUUUGUCAUACGUUUCUACUUAAAUUAUUAAGCACUUAUGGUUUAGAUGUAAUAAUUAUAUGUAAGGGCAAAGUUUAUUUUAGAUAUAAAGUAAUGAAGGAAGAUGAAAUGCUUUCUGCAUUUCCUGAUGACAGCUGUGUUCUUACAAAAAUAAACAAAAUGAAUAAAAAGGGGGUCACCAUUCAGUUUAAGUUUCCAGGGGGAAGUGCAUGUAUCAUGAAAUGAUUAUGGACUUCAGUGAAGAAUGUCAUCGAUGAUGUAAAUAUGUAUUUCCUUUUAAUACAAAGUGUAAUUUUGUGCCAGUGAAAUGGAGUCUGAAUAGUUAUGUGUUUCUUUUAUCCCUAAAAGAUUUAUUAAACUUUAUAGUUUAUCCAGGUA